UGGGCGCGGUCGCCCUCGAGCCUUGAUUUCUGCCCGGGCAGAGAGCGGGUGGGUAGCAAUGCGGCUGCUGGCUUCGCUCCUGUGCCUUGUGCCCUUCUUGGCACACAUCUACUGUGAGGACGUCUUUGGCAUCGUGGGAGAAAAUUUUACUUUUCCAGUAAAAAUAGACCAAAAAGUAGUGGAAACUACCUGGAAGAAAAACAAGGAUAAAGUGGCUGAAUGGGAAGGGCUGAACAAACCAACGUAUUUUGGUCGUCUCUGUAACAGGAGUGUGCUUAUGGAGAAUGGGUCCUUGACUAUAGUUGACUUGGAGAAGGAUGAUGCUGGUGCAUAUGAGUUACAGUACCGGGAUUCUAUGAAAGAUCACUACUUAAACUUCGUACUUGUUGUGUUAGAUCCCCUUCCAGAACCUGAAAUAAGCUGCAACACCAGCGAUCGUAAACUUGUGUUAAACUGUGCAGCAAAUUUCCAGGGGCCUCUGAAUUACAUUUGGAAGCUGAGUGACAAUCCACAGAGUCAUGAGAAGCAGGAGCUUUCCAUCCGUUUGGAAGAUGUUAAUGCUACCACGAAAGCUACAUGUAUCAUUAAAUUCUCACAAAUGGAAAGGAGCUCUGAAAUCUCCUUGAUGCAAUGCCUUUCAGAUGAAAACGGAGGCAGUUCUUCCAAACGAACCAGAGGUGCUCUUUUUGGAGCUUGCAUCCUUAUAGCUGUAGUAGUCCUAGUAUUCCUGUUCUACAAAGGUAUAAUUAACUUUGGAAGAGGAAGAAACACUGCUCAGAACAGUCCAGUGAAUGGCUCAGGAGAACAUGAGCAACUUUUCCAUGGGGACAGCCAACAACAGCCUACCUCACAGGGAGCUACAUUUUCACAAGCUGUUCAUAAUGAGAAUGAAGAGCCUGAAGCAGACAGAGAAUUGAAUGAGGAGGACAGUGCCCUGAAAGACAAGCAGAUAGUUAAGAAUGGUGUAAAUCAGGAAGACACCUUUAGGAACAGCAGCGUGCUGGCCAACCAUGCAGAUGAGCAUGGCAUAAAUGAAGGAGAGGUGACCCAGGAUGCAGAAGGUAGAGAUGGGGAGCACCUGAACAACUCUUCCAGCUGCAGUAAAGAAGAUCUUAAAUCAAAAGCAAGUAAUUCCGUUGCUGCCCACACAAAUAUGGAAGAGAAGCGGUAGAAUUCAACGGUGAAGGAUGUACUACUUUUUUCCUUGAAGGUCUUCCACGAGCAAUGAAGUUAUCACACCUUCAUCAAGAAGCACUUAGAAGACAAGCUGAAGUGUUUCCAGUGCCUGUUUUUCUUUCCUCAGAAAAGAUAGCUUCCUUUUCUAGUGCUACUAUGUGAAGAAAAAUAGGCCAAACCAUAGGCCAAAACAUUUUAAUUGUUUUGUAUUUGGUUUUAACAAACAGUGCUGUACUAACACACCAAGGUCUCUUUGUAGUUGAUAUUUAGAGAUUUACAAAGUUGUAUAUAUAUUUGCAUGAAUGGGGACAAAUCAAAAACUGAUCAGCUUUCUAUGCACUUUUUUAUCAGUACCUUUUUACAGUCAGAAAAAAACUUCAUCCUUCAGCAGACCCAGAAGGAUGGGAGCUGGCAUUUUCUAGCCUUGGUUCUCCAACAAGAACUCAAUACUCCAGACAAAGCUGUGUCCUAGAGUUGGCAAGCACCUGGCAAACUGAUCAUCUCUUGACAGUGGUUCACUUUGUGAUAAACUACAUUUCAGCUUUUCCUAAAGCUUUAUAUAUUUUUUUUUAACUUUUAGGACCUUUUUUUUGAUGCCUUAUCUCUUACUGCACAUUUUUUCUAGGAAUGUCAGCUUACCUCUACUCAUUUCUAAGGAACAACACUGUAUCUUCAAGGUGCUUGAGACUAGAACAAAAACUUGAAAACUGAGAUCAUAUAUAUAAUGAAGCUCAGAAAGAAUCAAAAAGAAAAACACCAUGCAUUAAUGUUUUCAGAACAUCAAGCUAUGGAAUGUUUUUCAUUAUGUUUACAUGCUGAUUGUUCAUAAAAGUUGAAAGCUAUUUUAGUUCAUUUUAACUUGGUGCAUGUAAAGAAUCAUGAAGGUUUGACACUGGUAACCAAAGAUCAGAAGCUCCCCAUUCAGCUUUCCCCUUGUUUCAGUUUACACCCUUUCCACUCACACAAUUUCUUCUGAUAUUUACAGCUGUACUGGAUGAGUGUUCACAAGUCAUUUUUGAUAGGACUAGACCUUUUACCUCUACUGUUGUAUGUAAAUAUUUAUAAUUUAUUAAAGUACUCAAGAUGUAAAAAGC